AUGCGAUCAAGACUCCUACACAAUCAGCAUCAUUUACCACAAUCCAAAUCACGCAUAUCAAGAAUGAGCACUACUCCAAAUAUCUCCACCGCAUCAUCUUCACCAUUAUCAUUCCACGCCCGCCCCCAUUUGGUGAUUUGCGACUGGGACGAAACGUUAACCACAAAGGACACGAUCCAAUACUUGGCCCAAGUACCCUACAUCAACAGCCCGCAACUUCGGCCGCGUUUCUCUCACUAUACCGAUAUCUACAUGUCCCACUACGAGAAAUACAAGUCACAAUUCGGCGCAAGUCGAACAAAGAAUGGCAAUGUCAAUAACAAUAGCUUGACGACAAAAAUGACAAUUGACGAUUACGUCGAGUUCCAACGUGGCAUGGGUCCUGUAGAAAUGAGCUCUAUUACCGCUCUUGAAUCAGAUGAGGUAUUUCGCGGCUUGACUGAAUUGCAAAUCCGUCAACAUCUGGCACCAAGUGUGAAGUUGCGCGAUGGAGCCGUUGAGUUUUUGAACAGGUGUAUGGAUCAGGGUAUUGAAGUUGUGGUAUUGAGUGUGAACUGGACGAGUUUGUUGAUUGAUGAAGUGUUGCGCCAAAAUGGUUUCCUGACAAAGUCAAGCAUUAGCGGGAUGAGUGAGAAGAGUGAGGUUGAAGUUGGUAAGAUCAAGAUUGUUACUAAUGAGUUUGAAUUCGAUAGUGCAGGCAAAACGACAGGAAAUUGGCUACCACAACCUAAAAUCAGGACGUCUCAGGACAAGUUGGACUACGUCAACAAAUUGAAAACUGAAUACCAAAAGGAAAGAGCUGGAAGAGCGAGCUUGGGCACAAGUGCAGGGACUAUUCACAAUGGCAACGUUGGCAACGUUGGCGAAGGUAACAUGGAUGAUACCGACGACGUUAAUAUUAUGUAUAUUGGCGAUAGUCUAACUGAUCUACUACCAGUCUUGAACGUGGCGUACCCGUGUGCUAUCAAGGACACCAAAUUGGAUAAGACAUUGACUGAGUUGCAAUUUGAGCAUUUCAGCGGUACCUGGUUUGAUUUUAUGCGGUUGGUCUGA